CGUGCUGCCGCUACUGAGCAGCGCCAUGGCGGACUCGGAAGCACUGGGCUUUGAACACAUGGGCCUCGAUCCCCGGCUCCUGCAGGCUGUCACUGACCUGGGCUGGUCGCGACCUACGCUGAUCCAGGAAAAGGCCAUCCCACUGGCCCUAGAGGGGAAGGACCUCCUGGCUCGGGCCCGCACGGGCUCCGGGAAGACGGCCGCUUAUGCUAUUCCGAUGCUGCAGCUGUUGCUCCACAGGAAGGCGACAGGUCCGGUGGUAGAACAGGCAGUGAGAGGCCUUGUUCUUGUUCCUACCAAGGAACUGGCACGACAAGCACAGUGCAUGAUUCAGCAGCUGGCUACCUACUGUGCUCGGGAUGUCCGAGUGGCCAAUGUCUCAGCUGCUGAAGACUUAGCCUCUCAGAGAGCUGUGCUGAUGGAGAAGCCAGAUGUGAUAGUGGGGACCCCAUCUCGCAUAUUAAGCCACUUGCAACAAGACAGCUUGAAACUUCGUGACUCCUUGGAGCUUCUGGUGGUGGACGAGGCUGAUCUUCUUUUUUCCUUUGGCUUUGAGGAAGAGCUCAAGAGUCUCCUCUGUCACUUGCCCCGGAUUUACCAGGCUUUUCUCAUGUCAGCUACUUUUAAUGAGGAUGUGCAAGCACUCAAGGAGCUGGUAUUACAUAACCCGGUUACCCUUAAGCUACAGGAAUCCCAGCUGCCUGGGCCAGACCAGUUACAGCAGUUUCAAGUGGUCUGUGAGACUGAGGAAGACAAAUUCCUGUUGCUGUAUACGCUGCUCAAGCUGUCAUUGAUUCGGGGCAAGUCUCUGCUCUUUGUCAACACCCUAGAGAGGAGUUACCGGCUACGCCUGUUCCUGGAGCAGUUCAGCAUCCCCACCUGUGUGCUCAAUGGAGAACUUCCACUGCGCUCCAGGUGCCACAUCAUCUCACAGUUCAACCAAGGCUUCUACGACUGUGUCAUAGCAACUGAUGCUGAAGUCCUGGGGGCCCCGGUCAAGGGCAAACGUCGGGGCCGAGGGCCCAAAGGGGAUAAGGCUUCUGAUCUGGAGGCAGGUGUGGCCCGGGGCAUAGACUUCCACCAUGUGUCUGCUGUGCUCAACUUUGAUCUUCCCCCAACCCCCGAGGCCUACAUCCAUCGAGCCGGCAGGACAGCACGCGCCAACAACCCCGGCAUAGUCUUAACCUUUGUGCUGCCCACAGAGCAGUCCCACUUAGGCAAGAUUGAGGAGCUUCUCAGUGGAGAGAACAGGGGCCCCAUUCUGCUCCCCUACCAGUUCCGGAUGGAGGAGAUUGAGGGCUUCCGCUAUCGCUGCAGGGAUGCCAUGCGUUCAGUGACUAAGCAGGCCAUUCGGGAGGCAAGAUUGAAGGAGAUCAAGGAGGAGCUUCUGCACUCUGAGAAGCUCAAGACAUACUUUGAAGACAACCCCAGGGACCUCCAGCUGCUGCGGCACGACCUGCCCUUGCACCCCGCAGUGGUGAAGCCCCACCUGGGCCAUGUUCCUGACUACCUGGUUCCUCCUGCUCUUCGUGGCCUGGUGCGCCCUCACAAGAAGCGGAAGAAGCUGUCUUCCUCUUGUAGGAAGGCCAAGAGAGUGAAGUCCCAGAACCCACUGCACAGCUUCAAGCACAAAGGAAAGAAAUUCAGACCUGCAGCCAAGUCCUCCUGAGGUUGCUGGGCCUCUCAAGCUGAGCACAGUGUGGAGCAGAGGCUUCCCUCCUGCAUGGACAGGCGAGGCUCUGGUGCUCGCUGCACAGACUCAACAGACAGUUCUGGGGCCGCCAGUGCUGGGCCCUUCAACUCCUUGGCACUGCCAGGCUGGCAUCUUGCCCCUUGACAACAGAAUAAAAAUUUUGGCUGCCCCA